GUUAAAUCCCGGGGGGGCAUUGCAGCCACGACAACCUCUGAUCAUAUUAUCUGCAUCGUAAUCGUCACUCUUCACCCACUCUCCAAAUGCAAGCUGCAGUAGUAGUAGCCAUGGCAGCCCACGCUAUUCUCACUAUAACCCCAUCUCACCACUCUCUCCUUCAACCACCGUCAACUAACCCUUCAGAUCCACAACUUCUUCAAUCCACAAUUCGCGGUGUCUCUCUCAAGCUCCCUCGUCAAUCCCUUUCCAUUGCUGCCGCUGUUCCCAAGCAGCAGUUUUCCGUGCUUGCUGCAUCCAAGAAAGCAGUCGCGGUUCUUAAAGGCAAAUCCAAAGUUGAAGGCGUUGUUACUUUGACCCAAGAAGAUGAUGGUCCUACAACUGUGAAUGUUCGAGUUACUGGUCUCACUCCAGGGCUUCACGGGUUCCACCUACAUGAGUAUGGUGACACAACAAAUGGAUGCAUAUCUACAGGAGCACAUUUUAAUCCUAACAGUAUGACUCAUGGUUCUCCUGAGGACAAAGUACGCCAUGCGGGUGACCUGGGAAACAUAGUUGCUAAUGCUGAUGGAGUUGCAGAGGCAACAAUGGUGGACAAGCAGAUACCACUGAGCGGCCCAAAUGCAGUUAUUGGAAGAGCUUUUGUCGUUCAUGAGCUUGAAGAUGACCUUGGAAAGGGUGGACAUGAACUUAGUCUAACCACCGGCAAUGCAGGUGGAAGAUUGGCAUGUGGUGUUGUGGGCUUGACUCCAAUAUGAAACCAGCUUGGUCUUCUGCCGCUGUCGCUUGCUUUAUUUCAGCUUCACUCGCAUUAAGUUGCUUUUUAGAAAUUGUGGAACAUUAUGCAUUGCUGCUGCCUGCCCAAGUCCACCUGGAGACUAUAAUAAUCCUGUAAAUUUGGCCUUAAAAGGCAACUAUUUUAGAAUUCAUGGGUUAUAUGGCAUCCAAAAGAAAUAAAUAAAAACAUGGACACAUUAUGAGAAAGUAAGUUAUUUUAGCA